GAAGAGUUGUAGUCCUGUAGAUUUGUUUGGUUGUUGCGGAAAUACAAAAAACUUCACUCGGAUCAAACGAUGGGUCUCACUUUCUCCCGCGUGUGGGAGCGUAUGUUCGGCAAGAAAGAGAUGAGAAUCUUGAUGGUGGGUCUUGAUGCCGCUGGUAAAACUACCAUUCUCUACAAACUCAAGCUUGGAGAAGUUGUUACGACAAUCCCUACCAUUGGCUUUAAUGUCGAAACCGUGGAGUACAAGAACAUCUCCUUUACAGUCUGGGAUGUCGGUGGUCAGGAUAAAAUCCGUCCUUUGUGGCGUCACUACUACCAGAACACCCAAGGUCUGAUCUUCGUUGUGGAUUCUAAUGAUUCUGAUCGUAUCGAUGCCGCUCGUGACGAACUACACCGAAUGCUGAACGAAGACGAAUUACGCGACGCCGUGCUUCUCGUUUUUGCCAACAAGCAGGAUCUUCCCAACGCUAUGAGUGCUGCUGAAAUGACCGACAAACUUGGAUUGCAUGGACUGCGUCCAUCGUACCGUCAGUGGUACAUCCAGGCCUGUUGCGCGACCACGGGUGAUGGUCUUUACGAAGGUUUGGACUGGCUUUCCGCGACAUUGGUCAAGAGAAACGGAUAAAGCAAAAUUUACAUAAGUAAUGAUGCGAAUACCGUUCUUUUGAACCCGUCACUUUCAGAAUAAGUAAAUAGCAAACUAAGCGUAGCGUGUGAGAAUGUGAAACGUUACCCUAUGC